AUGAGGUGGCGAGAGGUUCGAGCGACACACCGGAGGGAGAGUCAGGCGAACCGACCAGAUCGCCCUCACCCCCUAUACCCUCUAUACUCCUCACCCCUAGAUGACUGGGACAACGAGGAAACACCCAGCACAGAAGCUCCAGGGAAGAGGAAGAGACCCACAAGGUGGGGAGGCAGGCAGAAGCGGAUCGAGGCAGCCAUCGCACGCCAAGCCGCAGCCGCCGCAGCCUCAGCGGCCGGUGCACCACCUGGGCAGAGUGCUCCUACCCUACAGGCAGCACCCCCACAGGUAGCACCCCCUCAGGUAGUACAACCAUCCCCAAAGAUCCCAGCAGGACCUCCACCACCCAUGCCUGAACCUCAGUGGGACAUGCAUUGUGCAGCCCUGAGUAAAGGAAGAGGCAGGGGAAGGCUGCAGUACAGAUACAUGGCACACACCAACCGCAGUCCCUCGCCCGUCGGAAGCGAGUGGAGAAUAGUCCCUGCUCCCCAGUCCAAGGACCCUCAGCGUACCUCACGGAGGGCGAAACCCGAGAGACCUCGCCAGGAACCCUCUCAGGCUCGUCGAUCCCCACGUCGACGAUCCCCCGAGAGACCGACCCAGAGAACUCGGACAACAUUUCCACGACCUCGACGAGAUCCCUCGCCAGGGCGAAGGCAUUCCCCGUCGAGACGACGAACCCCCAGGCAAAGACGCUCCUCUGACCACUCACGUGAGUCAGAGCAGAAGCGCUCACCAAAUCCCUCCGCCGAGGCUAUGCUGAGCCUCGUGAAAGCCCUCACUCAGCAGCUGACAGAGAGGUACAUGAGAGAGGACCGACCAUCCUGCCCACCAAGGAGACGACGUUCACCCCCCGGAGGUGCCCGUGAUGAUGAGCCUCGAAGGCGACGCUCGGAGGAAGAUCGCUACUCCCCCGAUCGACCAGAGAGAGGGGAUGACCGCCACGGGGACCGGCGAGGUCACGAGCACCGUCGUCAUGAGGAUGACCGUCGUCAACGCCAAGACUCACCACGUCGGUCUUCGCCGCGACGAGGAUACGAGUCCUCGAGAAGGCACCAGGUGCCCAAAGGCAGUGGCCGGCCAGGGGGCAGAUCCCCCCCCCACCCGUAA